CCUAGGUGAUACUUGCGCUUGUUUAUUGCCGUCCAACGAAUCAUUCUAAUUUGACGUGUUUGAGCGUGACCAUCUUUUUGGUGAAAAAUUUACUAAAAAUGGUUCUCCUACAUGUAAAACGCGGUGACGAAAGUCAGUUUCUUUUUGAAACUAAUUCCAGCAUUCCGGUUGAAACCUUAACAAGUGAGUUGGUGGUCAUUUUCAACGGCCGCCUGAAAGUGAGCCGCGUUUGCACUGAAAUCGAAGAACUCUCGAAACACGGCACCAUGCUGCCUCCGGAUAUGCUCGGGCUUACCGAUGAACAGGUCGAGGAGCUAAAGCUGGUCGAUGAGUGGGGUGAAAAGUGCGUUCCUUCCGGUGGCUGGGUGUCCAAUGCGGACCCCGUUGGACGUAGAAAUGGUCGGCAGCCGUUGAAGAAAAUGCAAGACGUCCUGGAGAAGGCGGUGGCUGAUGCCAAAUUGAUGAUCACGAAAAAGUUGGUAGAACAAGGCACCAUCUUGCAGCUGAAAAUGGUUCAGGACGCGUUGGAUCUACUACGAGGAGCCGUUAUGAUAGUUUAUCCAAUGCAACUUCCACCCCACGAUCCGAUUCGGAUGGAGUUUAGUAACACGGAAGAUUUAGAGGGCACGCAGGCAUCGCUUGAGGUUAUCGAGCCGUGCAAGGCUCAACUUUGGUUCGCUGGAAAACUUUUGCCCAACGAUGCAAAGCUUCGUGAUGUAGUUGGGGGUAACGAGAAGACUAAAAUUAUCGUAAAACUAGCCAAGGUUAACGAGGGUGCUCCCGGCAGAGAGCCGGUCGUUUCGGAAGAGGCCCGGAAGCAGAUGAUGAUGCAUGCCUACCGCAGACAGGAGGAACUUAAGAAACUUGAGCAAGACGAUGACAACCAGUAUCUCAACUCCUCCUGGUCCGAUAGCCGCAGUCUGAAGCGUCAGGUGCAUGGUUUGGACGAUGUUAAGUUUAGAUUUACUAAGUAAGGCUUUUCUUAUGAAUAUCGGACGAUAGCAGACACAAGUUGAACUCAAACGAGAUAUUUUUCAGUGUCCAGUAUGCGCAAUAAAUCAUAAACCGAAAAAUAAACUUAAUAAAAGAGAAAAAAUGCAAAGCUUUUUUUUCAACAUUAUGGCAGUGUAAGCUCUUUUUAAAUAAAAAAAUAAAUAAAAACUAGUAUGAUUAUUAUAUAGGAACAAAAUAAGCACAAACGACAACAAACCAGUUGAGGCUAGCAUAUAAAAUUGUAACAUCAUUCGUCAUGCGGUGCAGAGCUAGAUUGAAGAAGCAUGGUUUAAUUAUAUGAAUUCUUUCUUACUGCCUCUUUUUUAUCGGUUUUUGUUUCUGAUCAUAAUUUACAUACCUGAAAUUUAUUUCUAACGUUAAUAAAUAUAAGAGAUAUGUCUCAAGAAAAAGA